UAUGAUUUUUUUUCUAUUGAAAUUGUUUUGUCAAUUGUUCGUAAUAUAUACAAUGCACAAUAUAAACUUCGAGUACAACAAAGGGUUAAUUGUUUUCAAAUUUAACGCCUUAUUGAAGUUUAUUCCAUCUGAUAUCUACAAUUUUUGGGUGAUAUCGUCCCGGGAUGGAGAAAUGACGGGAAGAGGACAUUUUUAAAAGAAAUAACAUAUAUUAACACUACUACAAUUCAAUAUAUUAUUUAACAAUACGCAACUUACCUUCACUUUAACGAAAAACGCGGGAAACGACUGGGAAGAGCCCCCCUUCGUCUAGCUAUUAUUGAACAUGUCCAGGAAAACAACAAUCGCCGUCGAGCUGUGACGUCAGCGUGCGCAUGCGCACAAAGGUUCCCACGUGGGAGAAAGCUCAAGUCUAGGCAUCACUGAUUCAAACAUGACUGAAAAGAUAUUCUAUUUGUUGGUUAUGUGUACUAUAUGAUGUGUUAAUGUUGAAAUUAAAUGCAUUUACAUCUCAGGAGUUUAACAAAAUACAGCGGGGGUAAUUUGUGCAAUGCUGAAUCAAGUAAAAAUUACCUUAGUGUAUUAUAACAAUGGCUGAAAAAUUACGGAGAUAUGAAAAAAUCGAUUUUCUUGGAGAGGGACAGUUCGCUACUGUUUACAAAGCAAAGGAUGUGAAAACAGGAAAAAUCGUUGCCGUUAAAAAGAUCAAAGUCGGUAGUCGUGCAGAAGCUAGAGAUGGGAUAAAUAGAACUGCGUUGAGAGAAAUAAAGCUUUUACAAGAAUUAAAACAUGACAACGUGAUUGGAUUAUUGGAUGUCUUCGGUUAUAAAUCCAAUGUUUCGUUAGUAUUCGAUUUCAUGGAUACAGAUUUAGAAGUAAUAAUAAAAGACAGCAAUAUUGUCUUAACCCCUGCGCAUAUAAAAGCUUAUAUGAUUCAAACUCUUCAAGGCUUAGAUUAUUUACAUUUUAAUUGGAUACUUCAUAGGGAUUUGAAACCUAAUAAUUUAUUGGUUACGUCUGAGGGAGUCUUGAAGAUAGGUGAUUUUGGAUUAGCCAAAUUUUUUGGUUCCCCCAAUAGAAUAAAUACUCAUCAGGUGGUAACUAGAUGGUACAGAGCCCCUGAAUUACUGUAUGGUGCAAGACUUUACAGUACUGGUAUUGAUAUGUGGGCGGUUGGUUGUAUAUUAGCAGAAUUAUUAUUACGUGCACCUUUCUUACCUGGAGAAUCAGACUUGGAUCAACUUACUAGGAUAUUUCAGACACUAGGUACACCAACCGAAGAAACAUGGCCAGGCAUGACGGAAUUAUCUGACUUUAUUCAAUUUAAACCUUUUCCGGGAAUGCCAUUAAAGGAUAUAUUCACUGCUGCAAGUGAUGAUUUAUUAGAUUUAAUUGCUUGUCUAUUAAAUGUUAAUCCAUUAGAGAGAUGUACAUGCGACCAAGCGUUACAAAUGCCAUACUUUAGCAACAAACCAAGUCCAACGCCUGGAUCUAGAUUACCUCUUCCAACGACAAUAAAAUAUCAAUCAGAAGAAAAGAUAAGUUUGAAGCGUAAAUUAUUGGAGACCAUAGAAGGUGCUCCCCUUGCUAAAAGACUACAAUUUUGAUGCAUGUUUCGAACAAACAAUGAUAAGACUUAUCAUUACGAGUUUGUUUAUUUAAGUUAUUAAGUCUAUUUAAGAAGGAUUGUCAAAUAAAUAUAAAUACUUUCAAUAUUA